GGCCGGCGGCCAUGUUGGAUUUAAAGGGGCUGCGCGGCUGAGGACCGGGUGCUGCUGGGCUGGGCUCACGCCCCGCCCCGGGACCGCGACCGGGACUGAGACCGCCACCGUCUUCGAGACCGAGCGCCGAGCAGUGUGGUUGGCUGCCGAGCGCCUGGUGCCUGCGCUUCUGCUAGAGCCGGAGUGCAGCGCGGUGGGAGCCGCGCAUCGCCGCAGCCUGCGCUUCCCCUCAGCGCCGGGGCCUCCGGGAGUGCCAGCGCUGGACAAGCUGCUGCAGGCAGCCAGGGCUGCAGAAGCAGGACUAUGUCCACCAUGGUGUACCCAAGGGAGGAGAAACUGGACAAGUUGAGCCAAGAGGAGAUAAUUUCCAACACCAAGCUAGUGAUGCAGGGGCUGGAGGCACUCAAGAAUGAACACAACUCCAUCCUACACAGCUUGCUGGAAACCAUAAAGUGCCUGAAGAAAGACGAAGAAGCCAAUCUCGUGCAUGAAAAAUCCAACCUGCUCCGCAAGUCAGUGGAGAUGAUCGAGUUGGGGCUUGGAGAGGCUCAGGUGAUGAUGGCAUUGUCCAACCAUCUGAAUGCUGUGGAGUCAGAGAAGCAGAAGCUGCGUGCACAGGUGCGGAGGCUGUGCCAGGAGAACCAGUGGCUGCGUGAUGAGCUUGCCAACACCCAGCAGAAGCUGCAGCGCAGUGAGCAAACCGUGGCUCAGCUGGAGGAGGAGAAGAAACACCUCGAGUUCAUGAACCAGCUGAAGAAGUACGAUGAGGAUGUCUCACCUUCGGAGGAGAAGGAGGGUGACUCCGCCAAGGACUCUCUGGAUGAUCUGUUCCCGAAUGAGGAGGAGGAGCAUGGUCCUGGAUUGCCCCACCAGCACAGUAGUGCAGUGGCAGCUGCCCAGCAGGGAGGCUAUGAGAUCCCUGCACGCCUGCGCACGCUCCACAACCUUGUCAUCCAGUACGCCUCACAGGGACGCUACGAGGUGGCUGUGCCACUCUGCAAGCAGGCGCUGGAGGACCUGGAGAAGACAUCUGGCCACGAUCACCCUGAUGUGGCCACCAUGCUCAACAUCCUGGCACUAGUGUACAGGGAUCAAAAUAAAUACAAAGAGGCAGCACACCUCUUGAAUGAUGCACUCUCCAUCCGUGAGAAGACUCUGGGCAAAGACCACCCAGCGGUGGCAGCAACUUUGAACAACCUGGCUGUUCUCUACGGCAAGAGAGGGAAGUACAAAGAAGCAGAGCCGCUGUGUAAGCGAGCCCUGGAGAUCCGUGAGAAGGUCCUAGGCAAAGACCAUCCUGAUGUGGCAAAGCAGCUGAACAAUCUAGCCCUGCUGUGCCAGAACCAGGGCAAGUACGAUGAGGUGGAGUACUAUUACUGCAGGGCUCUGGAGAUCUAUGAGAGCUGCCUGGGUCCUGAUGACCCCAACGUGGCCAAGACCAAGAACAACCUGGCCUCCUGUUACCUGAAGCAAGGCAAAUACAAAGAUGCAGAGGUGCUGUAUAAGGAGAUCCUCACACGUGCUCACGUGAAGGAGUUUGGCUCUGUGGAUGAUGAACACAAACCAAUCUGGAUGCACGCAGAGGAGAGAGAGGAGAUGAGCAAGAGCAAGCACAGAGACAGCGCUCCCUAUGCUGAGUACGGCGGCUGGUACAAGGCCUGUAAGGUCAGCAGCCCGACGGUGAACACCACGCUGAGGAACCUGGGUGCUCUGUACCGGCGCCAGGGCAAGCUGGAGGCGGCGGAGACCUUGGAGGAGUGCGCGGUUCGCUCCCGGCGGCAGGGCAUUGACCCAAUCAACCAGACCAAGGUGGUGGAGAUCCUGAAGGAGGGUGAUGGCACAGAGAGACGUCGGAGCCUGGGGGGCAGCGUCAAGUAUGAGAAUGCCACAGACGGUAGCGAGGAAGUGAGUAUGGGCGUGGAAUGGAGCGGGGCUUAAAUGCCUCCCGAGACUCCCUCUUUCCCCUCCACCGCAAUCACCUGGAUGUUUGUGUUGUAUCUUCCGACUUUUCCUCCACACCAUCCCUCCUUCCUCGGCAAGGACUCCACGCCAGCCCCCCAACCCUCCCGGCGCGCGAGGGCACCGCCACGGCUGCAGAGGAGUGAGGUCCUGGCCAGCGCCAGCCCCAGCCCCAUGGCCAACAAGAGCAGGAAGAAGCUGCGUGGAGCUGCCCGCUCCCCUAGGCCAGGGCCACGGGCACCGUCCCCUCGCGUGUCCCCACCCCAGCCUGCCCCUGUGCGUUGCUGGGGACCAGGCCUGCAGGGGAUUGUCUUCACUCCAGGCGUUCCGACUCCGCCAUCAUUAGCCAUCCUCAGCCCUCCUAGCUUGUUCCCUCCAUCUCUGCAGAAGCCAGGAGCGAGGCAUGAAGAUGGGGAGCCCUUGUGGGACAGGGAGGCCUGGCCCUGGCAGGGCUGUCAUGUGCCCAGUUGCUUUCUUCCCUGUAGGCUUAGCUGAUUUUAGUGCCCUGUAGCAAACCUGCGCUGGCCACUGGUGCGCUGGGCUCUCCCUGCAGCGUAGGGCAGUCCCUGUCUUGCUUCCCCCUCCCUGCUGAGCUCUGUGAUCUAGUGGCAGCAUGUAGGCCUCUGUAGGGACAUAGGGUGGCCUGUAGCUACUGUACAUCCAAGACAAGGUGAGGGGGUGACAGCUAAGCGCCAUGCAUGAAGCAGGGUCUUGCCAGGACAAGCAUGUUUGGAGGCAACCUCCUGACCUGAUGCUGUAGCCUAAUUCCUGAUGACAUUAAGGGGUGGAUUGGCUCCCCCUUGCUCCAGGGUCCCCAGGCAUGGUUGCUGGGAGAGGCGAGGUGAAUCUGUUCAGUGUUCCAUGCAGGCAGAGGAAGGGCAGGAGGAAAGCAGAGCUUUUCUGCAGGGGCCAGGCUCCACGCUGUUAGAAGUGGUUGAUACAGGGAAUGGGCUGGUUUGGAGCGGUGGUUGGGAGAAAAUGUGCAAAGAAGGAUGUGAGGAAAGGAAGAGUUGGGGCUUGGAGUGCUCUGAGGAUGUGGAGGCAGAUGGGAUGGUUUGAGGGAGGUUUCCACAGGAGCUGAAGGAGCAGGUUAAUCACGGAAGGGGGGAAAUUCCUGAACACAGGACCUGGCUGAGCAGGCUGGUCCUGGGCUGUGAGUUCCUGCCUGGCUGUCCCUAGCCAAGCAGGAGGGAAACCUGUAACCCUGACACUGCUAGGAAGGCAAUGCUGACCCUUGUCGUGCGUGGAGGUGGCUCAGUGCCUCUGAUGGGACUCCAGACCUGCACAGGGUCUGAUGCUGUCAGUCCCUACUGGGAAGGGGGAAGUUUUCCAGGGCCUUGAGCCUCAUCCCACCUCCUAUGGGAUGUGAACCCUGGCCCUCCUACCUGUGAAGGAAGCUGGGGAGGCUGCAGCCAGCAGGAUAGAGCCCAGAGGCCAGCGCAGGAGCCCAUUUAUUUAUUUAGCUAGCUAAUUUGCCUCAUGCUAUCAUCUGGCAGGUUGUGAUACUAAAUGUGCUUAUGUCUGCCUGGGCCUGGCUUUCCUGUGGGGGUGCAGAGACCUUGGGGCAUGUGCAUCCUGCUGCCCUGGGAGCUUGUGCUUGCUGACAGGAGCUUUGUCCCUGUGACCAUGGAGUGCAGAGCCCAGGGCUGAGUGCUCCGGGCUGUGCCUCCUCUGCCUCUCUCCCAGCGCCGCUCCACGCUCUGGGGAGCGGUGAGUCCCCAGCACAGGGUGCGUUCAGGCCUGUGUGUGCUUUGCCCUGUGCUGGACCCGGUGCUGUAACAACCGUACCUCUGAUUAAAGGCAGACAGACCCGAA